AUGGAUGAGUUUCAAAGGCAGCCACCACUGUUCUGUGAACUCUGGAGCCUGUGCCGGGACUACCAGGGCGGGGCGCUGGCGGGCGACCUCUGCGAGGACCUGUGCGUGGCGGGGAGGCUGCGGUACCGGCGCUGCCUGUACUACGAGAGGGGCAAGAAGGUGCUGCAGGCGGACUGGCGCGGCCGCCCCGUCAUCCUCAAGUCCAAGGAGGAGGCCUUCUCCAGCUUCCGGCCGCCCGGCCUGAUGGAGGACCAGGCCGAGGACGGAGGCCAGGGCUUCCCGGAGGCAGAGCUGCUCCUGCUGGGGGCGGGGGAGUACGCGGUGGAGUACCUGGCAGCGGGCAGCCCCCAUCACAGGGCUCUCUUCCCGCUGGACGGGGCCUCGCGGGGCCAGGCCCAGGCCGUCAGCGACAUGGCCCUCAGCUUCCUGGACCUGGUGAGACAUUUCGACAACGACUUCUCCCACCGCCUCCACCUCUGCGAUGUCAAGCCCGAGAACUUUGCCAUCAGGAGGGACUUCACGGUCGUGGCUAUCGAUGUGGACAUGGCUUUUUUUGAACCUAAAAUGAGGGAAAUUCUCGAGCAGAAUUGCACGGGAGAUGAGGACUGCAAUUUCUUUGACUGUUUCUCAAAGUGCGAUCUCAGAGUCAACAAGUGUGGCGCGCAGAGAGUCAACAGCAACCUGCAGGUCGUCUGUGACAAAAUAUUCCGACACUGGUUCUCCUCGACUCUCCAGAGCUCUGCCAUUUCCUUCCAGCUCCAGCGGCAGUUGCGGGAGGCCGUGCAGGAGUGUGCAGACCCAGGCAGCCCCCAGAGAACAGCCCCCACCAUGUUCUGGAGGCUUCAGCGCCUCCUCCAAGCUGCGCUGAGGGAACUGCGGGAGGCGGAGAAGUAGCCACAGCGGCCUCUCAAAUGCUCGCUCAGGAGAGGUGACCUCUGAGUGGUUUUAAAGAGGAGACAUUGUCACUGUGCAAAUGACGGUCUCUGAGAUAUUGUGGUCUCCCAAAGAGCGAGGUCACCUAACGCCGUCUCCAUCGUGCGUCCACCGUUGUGGUGUGCGUGUCCUUCUGUCCUGUCUUGUCCUGGCUUGAUUCCUUGUUUGAAGAGACCACCCUGGCCUCUGACCGUCACUCCUUGGAAGGUGACAUGAGGGAGGUGGGCACAGAGCUUUUAGCUGUUGGAGGGCCCUCCCUCCGAAACAGCACAAAUGCCAACGUGCAAUUGCUCUCGAGAAAGUGCUCAUACUCAGCACAGACGUUUCCAGCUGUUCUCGCUGCAAAUGGUUGUUGGGUAAAAAAGUGCACAUGUGUACAUAUGUGUGUACAUGUGUGUGUGCACACAUGUGAGCACACAUGCCUAAGUGAGCAGGUGAGUGUGAGCAGGUGAGAGUGAG